AUGUCCAUGUCAUCGAACAGCCAAAAGAAAACAAAAGCAGGCGGUCAACAUGUUGAAGACGGCGACAUGGACGAUCCGGCGACACAACUGCAUCAAAACUUACAAGAUGCAGUGAGUGAUGCUCUUGCCAUGCGUCGACCAGUCCUUCACCACCUCAGUGCCGACACAGCAUGGCUACUCAUGAUUCCUCGUCCAGUCGCCGCAACCAAACGUGGAGGUCGAGUCUACUUCAACAUUCUCAUUGACCCCUGGCUCUCCGGAACACAAACUGACUAUACGAGUUGGUUGAGUAAGCAGUGGCAUGCCGAGGCCCCUCGAGUGCCUAGUAUCGCAGCGGUAGAAGACCUCAUCCGUGAGACUGAGAGCCUGGCUAGUGGACUACGUCUCGGAAAAGGCAGAAAGAGCAAUGCACAAGAUUCCGAGGACCACGACGAGGUUGAGACUUUUAUAGAUGCUGUUGCCAUCAGUCAUCAGUUCACCGAUCACUGUCACGAACAGACGAUGCGAAAUGUGCAUCCAGACGUACCCGUCUUCGCAACGGAGGUAAGUGGCUCGGGUUAUCAAGUACGAAGGCUCACGCUCAUGGAUGUANNACAGAAAGCAAUCCCACUGAUCGAGUCUUGGAAGCACUUCCGUAUUGUUCAGACGAUACCGCACUUCUCUCAGGACCCCGACUGGCGUGCAACAUCCGUUACCCCUCUGCCAGAGUGGCUUGGUAUCUCACGCCUCGUAAGCAGCAGUGACAUGCUGUACUUUCACUCGGCACUCAUGAUCACCUUCAACAACCAACAGAGUGGGCAUGCUUCGAGACGAAGCAGCUCGCAUCAAUACACGGAGCCAGAAGAGGAGGAUGAAACGGCAGAAGCAGUGGUUUACACACCUCAUGGGAUACACAGUGAUAGCGAGAGUCUUGAUCUGGUGACCAAGGCCGAUCCGCCCAUAAAGACAUUGGCUUUCCUGCAUGGCCUCGAAGAUAUCACGCUCGGAGCAGCACAACAGCUCAACUUGGGAGCACAUAAUGGACUCAAAGCACAGCGGAAACUCAAGGCCAGCUAUUGGAUUGCCACUCACGACGAGGACAAGAAGGGCACAGGCAUCGUGGGGUGGCUGCUCAAAAGACGAAAAAUCAGCGUCAAAGAUGCUGUAGAGGCCGAGAGGAAACGUAGGAAGAGCUCUUCAAGCGAAGAUGCGGCUAGCGACGAGGUGAUUGGAUCGUUCGAGGGAGUCAACUGGGCAGAGGUUGGAAACGGCGAGAGUCUUGUACUACAGUGA